UCUUAAAUCUUGGACAUAAUUUUUCGUAUGAAGUUGCACAACCUCCCCCUACAUUUAAAAAUCCAUUAAUAUUUUCUCACUAAUUAUAAGAAUACAAUGAAUUAUCAAAAUUAUCGUUCAUUGGAAUCUAAUAAAUAUGCUCCGCUCUUCUGUUUAAAUGCGCUUCAAUUGCAAAACAAUAUUAUCAAAUCAAACCUUGAAAUCUUCAUUGUUAGAAAAGAAACCGUUUCUCAAAUUCUUAGGCAUGAGAUAUACGCAGAAAUUGGAAAGAGAGAUCUUUACCAAACGCCAGAAAAUGUAGUUAAACUUGAAGAAUUUCACAUUCUUACCUUCGACACUGCAACCUAUGAGAAAGACAUUGCAUUGAUCCGUCUGCCAGAUGGCUAUCGAGAUCUGCCCUCAAAUAUAGUGCUCCCGGAAAUUACCAUACCAGUGGAGGAGUAUAAAGAUUGCUCAAUCUUCGGAUACGGCUCUGAGCGUUUUCUCUUUCCCAUUAUUGCGAGUCUCCGCGAAGCUCCAAUUGAGAUUAUUUCUGCUGAGGAUUGCGAAGGAGCCCUCAAUCCCUAUGCGCCUGACUAUGAUUCCGGAAUGUUCUGUGCUGGAAGAGGUGUUACUGAUGCAUGUCAGGGCGAUUCAGGAUCAGGUUUGAUCUGUGAUGGAGGGAUUCUCGUGGGAAUUGUAUCCUAUGGAUCCUCCUGUGGGGUUCCUGGGCUUCCGGGAGUCUAUACAAAUGUUCAGUAUCACAGGGAAUGGAUUGAAAAACAGAUUGCCCAAGGGAAUAUAUGA